AUGGUUGGCGCUUUAGUUAAUGAAUUUGGAAGGUUAAUUAUUAUUUUGCACCAAGUGGAAAAACCUUACCCUGAUAACUGGAUAAUUACUGAUAUCAUAUAUGAAGUUGAAGGAUCACUGCUCUCGCAGUCAGGGAAUCAGGUUGAAGGAAAUCCAGGAGCUAAGAGCGGAGAUGAGACAGUACCAUAUCAUUCCUUAUCUUGGUGCAAGAACUGGCUUGGGCCCAGAGUGAACAUAAUAAGAGCUCCACAGUCAGAGUAUGAUAGGUCAGAUGUACAAGUGGAGUUGAAUGUUGAGCAUCAUAAUGAAGAUAUAGUCCCCAAUAUGACAAGGUCACCUAGAGUCAAAUACAUAACUUAUUAUGAAGACCCGGAAAGCAUUCCCGGAAGGAAGACAUCAGUUUGGGAGCUUGAUAAAGGUAGGUGA